AUACUGGGCUUGGUAGAUGCCGGAAUCAUCGAGGAAAUACCUGAAACCGGAGAUACCCUGGAAGAAAAUGCAAUCAUUAAGGCUCAAUAUCUUUUUGAUAAAACGGGGUGGCCUUCUUUUGCAGAAGAUACAGGUUUGGAAGUGACUGCCCUUGCCGGAGCACCAGGGGUACAUACUGCC